ACACCACUUAAUUAUAAUUGUGAAUUAUCUCUGUAUCUUAGUGUUGUAUAUAUCAUUUAAUUGUGUUUUGAAGUUAGUUGUUGGUUUUCAUUUUUCUGUUAUUAUCAUGUAACACUAUCGCAACUGGAAAUGUUUACAUAUCUGUAAUUAUUUCCUUUAAAAGGAGAAUUUUCCCCACAAAAUUCUCCCGGAAAACGUUACAAAAUAAUUUAAAUUUUGUUAACGUCAAAAGUUUAUCAUGGCCUGUUUAGAGAGCUUAAAAAACACCAAUAUCCAGACAAAAAUCCUAGUGCCUGCGAUAUGUUAAAAGAGCGUCCACAGGGAACGUCAUGCUCCUCACAGAUAUGUAGAAUGCCCAUUAAUAUGCUCUGAAACUAUUUUAUUUUGACUUUAAGUCCUCUUUCCGUAAAAUUUUAUAUUGUUACAAUGUUACUUUGAAAAUUCCUGGAUGAAAAUUUGAUACAUGUGUGGCGGAACUGGACUGGGUCGAUCGUCGGCGACCAGGUAGCUCAGUGGUAGAGUGUCCGUCUAGAGUUCGGAGGGUCCCGCGUUCGAACCCCUGUCUGGCCUCUACAUUUUCUCCUCUCCUACAUACACAUUACACAUGUAUUUCACCUAACAGAUAUGACAGGAACGUCUCUAUCUUCUAUUGUUUGAUCCACUAACUACCAAAACGAUAUUUUUGAUGUACCCCUCAUCUUUUUAUGAUAAAAUAUAAGUGUUGGGUACGUAAGUGUAGUCUUAAAUCAUGAUGCAUUUACACAGUAAAUGGGGGAAUAGAUAUGUGUUAAUGUACGUGUUUAUUGUACCGUACAAUAGGAGCACUGCUUGUGUUGAUACUGAACCUUCCUUUGUUGUUGAAUAGUAAACUAUGCAUGGAUAUGUGAUAUUUGCUUUUUUAUAUGCGUCAAGGAUCUGUAGGUACUCGAGCUUGUCUCCUGCUAGCUUUGAUGUAUACAGAAUAAAUAUCCAUCUCAUACGACCGACCCGGUUGUGACGCGUUACGACGAAAAAGAUAAGUUGCCAAGUUGUAUGUACUCAGAGGGACAGACGAUGUCAGCAUGUUGGCGAUAUGGCAUGCUAUUUUGCAACUGUUUCACAGUUUUUGGAGUUUACUAUUUCAUGGAAAUUCCAACGGCCCUACAAAGCGAACUGACGAACAGUCACAAUACAUAUAUCGGAUCUAAGAACACGGGGAACCAGACCGACUGUAAAGUUUGUCUUGGUCUUGGAGAGGUUCGGUAUAAUCUAUUAUUCUCCGUUACAAGAUGGACUUCGUUUGGCGUGUGUCUACCAUCGGGGUUCGUUAUCGACAGACUUGGUAACGGUCGUUCUGCGAUAUUUUUCAGUUCAUUGGUUCUGAUCGGCUCGGUUCUGUUCGCUGUGGGAGCAACGUCUCAUCCCCCUGUGACUACACCGAUGUACAUACUGAUGGUGACUGGGUAUGGUUCCCUAGCGUUUGGGGAUGCAUCUCUGCGUUUUGUGCAGGCCAGAGUUGUCUCCCAUUGUUUUCCAGAAGUCACAUUAAUCGCCAUGGCGUUCUGUACUUUUGGAUGUGUUGGACAAGGAAUAAGCUUGUUCACCACACCAGCCAUCGCCACGGCUAUAGGUCUACACCCCGCCGUGUGGCUAGGUCCAGUAUCAUGUGGAUUAGGAGUUUUGUGUGCAGUGGGUUUAGCUCUUCUUCUGCAUAUACAUCCCCCCGUGGUAGCGGAGGAUAAUGGGAACAAGAAAAUAUUAACAAUGAAUGUGUUGCGGAGACUACCGGUAUCGUACUGGGUGUUUCUACCGUCCAUAGGUUUUACCUCGGUGUGUUGGAUCGUUAAACAGGCCAAUUUACCAUAUUAUUUAGAAUUACGACAUGGAUAUUCGAUGAGAGAGGCAAGUCGUGUUACUGGAAUAGCGCCAGUCAUAUCAUUACUAUGUCCUCUAGUCUGUUUGAUACUGAAUAAGGUUGACUGUGACGGAAUAAUAUAUACAUUUUUCCACAUAUGGAUGAUUUCUUUCUUUGCUCUACUGGGAUUCUGUCCGAGUGUCAACAUUAUAUUCAUAUCAUUGGCUGACGGGAUUGGUAUGGGUAUGAUGACGGCAUUACAAUGGCAGGUUAUCGUCAUCUUGUGUCCUGCCUUGUAUUUAGGAACACUGAGCGGUGUGACGUUCAUGGCGAGGAACUCCAUAACAGCUUUGACCUUCAUUGCAGCUGGUUAUAUACUACAGCGGGGCCAUGUGACAAGUGUGGACGAAACACUGCGUCAUUACCAGCAUUUCUUCCUGAUGAUAAUAGUCCUAAUGUCAACUGGGGCAAUAUUCGGAGUUGUGAUGAAUAUUGUGGAUAUCCGAAAGGGUGGCGCUUUGAAUUCUAGGAUACGCAAAUGGCAACAAUCGAAUAUAGAAGCCAUAGGACUGGUAUCGAUGGAGGAACCUUCAAAGUACUGUGGAAAUAGCGACGCCAAAGAAAGCAAUGACUAUUCAAUGAAUUGAACGUAAAAGAAAAGUUGACCCAAUGAUAGGGACGUAAUCAUUAUUGCUGAAUGAUAAUGCCAUUUCGUAAUCUGCGUGUCGUAAGAGCGCUGUAAAUUAUACCUGAACCCUUCUGUAAGAAAACAAAUUAGUUUGUCGCAAUAUUGCAACAGUGGCAUGUACAGGUACCAUAUUAUAUUAACAGAAACAAUGCGGUAUAUACUUGUGCGCUAAAUUUGAUAUUAUCUCUGCGAAUUAUUCUUUGAAAGAUGAUUUAGAUAUAAAUUGUAAAACAGAAUACUCAUGCUUGCAAGCUUAUUAAUGAAAUUGACUUCCUUUUUCCUUUUACCUAUUGGGUACUGAUACUCUUCUCGUUUGUAUAAUGGACAUGUGUUAUACAAAACGUUUUAUUUUGAUCCAUAAAAUGUAACAAAUGUAUGAACAUAAUUAUAUCAAAUAAAAUACAAAAAUGGUACAAUGUGCAUUAGAUAUUCUAGUUACAUAUACUUUUAAGGAACUGUGUUCUAAAGAGCAGUAAAUAUAACAUCUUUAUAAUUGA